ACUUGCCCUUUUUUUUUUUUUUGUUUUGUAAAAAUUAGCCGAAUUGAGCCAGAAAAGGUAUGGAAAGCUGGCAACACGGUGCAGCAGUUUCGCGCCCUUUUUAUUGGGUGUUGUAAUCGAGGAAUCCGAAUGAUCUUGCACGUUAUCCAAAUGCAAGGAUAACUUUUGAACAUAACCCAGGUAUUCGUGAGCGCCUGAAGAUGAGGGUGAACGGAAACUUGCUGUCGAGCUACCAGCGGCAGACGGUGUGCCUUCUCGGCAGGGUGCUGCAGAGCGAGGUGUCCGGCAUGUCCCUGAAGCUGGAGUCCCCCGACAAGCAGGUGGUGCAGGUCAUCAUGAAGAAGCCGAUUGAGGAGCCCCUGGAGGGCCUGCUGGAGGUGGUGGGCGAGGUGACCGCCAAGCUGGCCGUUGUCUGCCACAGCUACGUCCUCUUCCCGCCCGGCAUGUCGCAGGGCUUCGACAUGGAGACCUACAACCGGCUGGUGGAGCUGAUGAACGAGCGCAAGGAGUACUACCCGACCAUGGCCAGCUGCUAGGCCCCCCCGGCUCAGUCGAUGCGGUCCAUGGCCCCGCACUUGCAGCUGCAGCCGGUCACGGGACACUCUGUGUGGUCCCUGCAAGACCAACCAGACGUCGGCACCCAUGCCACCUGGCCGCACUCCCUUGCGCGCCCCAUUGUUUGUCCUUCUAAAAUUAAAGGAUUACAAACGCUCCUUUGUCACGAGGCGACACGCCGUGCUUGUGUCGACGCUGGCUGUCGCAAGCGAGUGAACCCUCUGUUACUGUUACAGACUCGUUCUGGAGUUCCAGAAAGAAAGCCGACCUCCGAAUAAAUGUGCUACUUCUCUAAGACAA